UCGUUGCCUGUUGCUCGUUUGAGAAGUCGAAAGGUUUACCCAGGAGACGGAAAAGCCGGAAAAAGAUACGAGAAAUGCCUGCAAAGGAAAAACUUGAAGGCAAAGCUAAAGCCGGGAGUAUACCGGGGGAUACAGGAUCUGUGGCAACCGCGACUAUGGUUCGGCGCCAAAUGCCGCCGCGCGCCUGCAAGAGCAAGAGCCAGAGCGCCGCCAGGCCCAGUCUUAGUCCCAGCCGCCUGGCCAAGAAGCCCAGCCUGACGCCGACCACCGGUUCUCAGGCGCCAUCGCAGACCAUCGCAAAGUCGAGGCCCACCGGUCUCGAGACGAUUUUUGAACGUCCCGGCAAUGAGGACGACGGGCCCACCAGCAGCCAUGCCGUGGCAUUCGGCGAGUGCCAGCGCCGCGUCCUCGCCCUGGGUACGGGCGAAAAAAAAAGAACCCUGUCGCAGAAGAGCUGCCUGAAGGUGCGCAACACCUUGGGCGAACGCAGCACCCGGCACAUGAUGACACUGCGGGCGUCCCGCACUACUUUGGACAGCGUAAUGCUCGGGGGCUCGGACGAUGAAGACGAGUCGGUCGGAGUCGCUCCCGCAGUCGCUCCCGUAGCUGCUCCCGAAGUCGUUCCCGCUGGAGGAAAUGCCGGUACAAAUCAGCCGGCACCAUUCGUGCUGCGCACCAGCAGGAGGCUCAAGAGUCUGCCUCCGUUUUAGAUUGUUGCACCUUCCACCCUCCAAAUGAAAGAAAAAGAAUAAAGAAAAGAAAAGCAAAGAAAAGAAAAACCCUCUACAGAAUGUCUCUUUUGCUCUCAUUGUAAAUUGAAGCGCCUCU